CUCACCUCGAUCAGUAUGAGGUUGACUAAAGCAGAGAAGUGUGCAAAAUUGAAGAAAAUGAGGAAAGAGGCUAAGAAACAGGCAAAAGAGGUGGCAGAAAACUCAAGGAUGUUUAGCGAAUACCUCAAGCUGAAGUCUUGUGCAAGGCAAGUGGACAAGUUCUUCUAAUUGUAAUACAUUACUGGAUCCCUUGAAUGGGCAACCAUUCAUUAAAGUUGCAGAAGUAAACGAAUCAGAAUUGCAGGUGAAUAAUUUGGAUGCAUCAUAAUUCUUUGCGCUGUAUUUUUCUAGACGAGUCUUUCAACCUGUGGAGUCUGUUAUUCUGUACAACUGACUUGUUACUUUAUGGCCAACUAUUAGUUCGGUCACAUAAAGACUUCUCCAUUCUAGUAUGAAAUCUUUAACAUCAAAGAUUGGCUCAUAGUGAUGAUUCUAUAAUUCCUUUUGUCGCCUGUGCAACCAUUUGUGGAGAGCUUGUCCAAGUGCCCAAAACAUGGUCUACAUAAUCCAUUCAAAGCACCAGAAAGGUUUGCUUUAAUUUUUUGUUCUUUUUCUUGUUUUUUGUGAUGUUCUCUAGCUGAACAGUGUAUAGGAUGAGCCUUUAAUGACUUGUGAAUUUUUAUACAAAGGAAGAAAUCAUGACUUUAGAGAAUGUAUCGAGUGACACCGUUUUUUGCAGGUACCUAAUGUUAGGAGACGUAUCUACAAAAGCAGCUCAUGCGCUUGGCUUGUCUGAGGUUUCUGACUUCUUUGCUAAGCUAAUACAACGGAUGUCUCCUAAGAGUUUCCAACAAGCUCUUGGUGAGGUUUCCGUGACGCAGAAAUUUCUGGAAAAUUUUCGUGGUGAUCAGGUUCGCUUUCUAGCUAGGUCUUUCGCAGUACCAGGAAAUCAUCUGGGGCAGCAGAGCUAUGGUUUUCGCUGGCCUUAUGGACCUGUGGCAGUUAUUACUCCCUUUAAUUUUCCUUUGCUUCAGCUGAUGGGAGCGUUGUACAUGGAUUCUAAUUCGGCUAUGUUUAAAUGGAUAUGUAUAUUAUGUUUAAGAGUUUGAAUGUAGUUUUAAUUUGAAUUAGAAGUACUUUUAAUUUUAAGAUGUUAAAGUGUUUGAACGCAGUUUAUAAUGUUUAAGUGUUUGAAUGGACAAUGUUUAAGUGUUCAAGUGUUUGAACAUUGUUUAUGGUUGUUGUGUUGCAUUGUUGAUGAAUUGGAUGACUGUUUUGAUUGAUGAAUUUGGUUAUUUGAAAA